UUGUAAUACAAUCUUUUAAAAAUAGAUAUAACCUGUUUAACAAACUCAGCAGGAAAUGUGAAGAAGUGCAUCUCCUACUUUCCUGGAGGUGCAUUCCUCCUGGCCAACAGCACAGGUGCAGCUCUUGUCUGUCAGAAGUGGCCGCCACAUCAAAUUAAGUUUUGCUAGGCACAGACAGGUUGCUGUGGAAAGGCAGGAAACCUCCAGAGAGAUUUUAAGAACAUGCAGCCCUAUGUAAUGCAAUUUAGAAAGUUUGCAAAAUUUUAGAAAGUUUAAAAAAAAAAAAAUAUUAUCUAAUGGAACUUAAAAGGAUUUAACUGAGGUGGCAGGCAGAGAGGCAAAUGGUUUUCCAGAGCAGUAGGUGUUCAGAAGUGAUCCUUGCCAUUGAGCCAUAAAGGCAAAGUUGAGUUCUGACCAGUGUCUGAGCGGCAGGACAGUGUUUGGAUAUCGGUGUCCCUGCAGUGGGAAUGCUCUCCCACCGAGCAUGUCCUCUGCCCUCGUGUGCCACAGCUGGUUUCUGCUGUUUCCUGAGCACCUGGUAGAUCUGGGCAGGAGCAGUCUGUCAUUUUUCACAGGCACCAGGAUAGCUCCCAGCCAGAGGACAUGCAGAAGCAGGAGCUGACCUUCCGUGGGGAGCGCAGCAACAGGACAAGGGGCACGAGUUGGAAGGCAGGAAAUACCCUUUAGGUAUUAGGAAUAAAUUGUUUACCAGGAGGAUGGUCAAGCACUGGGAGUAGGCUGCCCAGGGGGGCAUCUCCCUCCUUGGAGGUGCUCAAGACUUAACCGGUCAUGGCCCUGAACAAGCCCAUCUGAUUAGAUGUGUUUUGGACUAGAUGACCCCUGGAGGUCCCUCCUAAUCUGUCUUUAUUACCCUGUGAUUUUGUUACCUCGCUGGAGCAGAUGGAGGAGCACUGGGCUGUAUUUGACUUACUAUGGCUCUAAGUGGCACCCAGGUGCACUAAUGAUCACAGAUUAUAUGUUAUACCCAGAACAUGAUUCCAUGUGGUUCCUGCUACCCUGUUAUUUAGCACACAUGCUGGAAUCUUCUUUUCACAGACAGGUGCAUUUCAGUUCAUAACAGCAGUGCAUUUAACUACUUUUUCAGCUGUUUACACAUAGGGAAAUUUUCCAUGGUCAUCCUCUUUUUUAAUUUAUUUUUGUAGUAUGCCUCUGGACAUGCUAGAAAAAACCCCAAGAGGGGCAUGUGACACAGAGACCUUUAGCUCUGCCAGUGUAGCCUUCCUGAGAGAGCAGAGCAGGGAUGAAAAGAAGAGAUGAACUUGUGGACAAGAGGGACUCAUUUCCUGCAUGGAUGCAGGAGCAAAGAUGUUGAGUGUGUGCUUCAGCUGACAGGGGGUGGCAGCAACUGCAGAGAGUGGUUGAGGAGAUGUGAGGUGACUGGCAAGGGCCCUGGAGGAGGUAGAAAUAAGCUGCAGCAGAGCAUGAAUGAGGUGAUAAUUUACACUGUGCUCUUUACCUAGCCCUGCUUAGGUGUAGCCUGGCUCUCACCAUGCAUUUGUCCCAGUUUCUAAUUUGAAGGAAGGGGAGGCAGGAGAAAGUGAGUUUCUGCCUUAUACCUUCCCACCAGCAUCUCUCUCUGCAAGGAAGCUCUUCCAUAUGCCUUCCUCUGGUUCAUCACCCCAGUUCCCACAGGAGCUCCUUUUUUACUCAGGGAAUGGUUGUGCCAUGAGGAGGGUGCUGUGGUUUGCUGUCCCUGGCCCCACUGUUUGUCAAGCACCAGUUGUCCCAGCUUGUGGCAUAGGAAGAUUUAAUUUAACCGAGAACCUGAAAACCACAACCUGGAGCAAAGCAGCUUCUGCAGUGUAAUUAAUUUUAGAGCAAACGGACUGGGAUCAAAAAAGGUCACGGUGACAAAACAGAGUUAAAAGCUGUCUUAGAUCAACAUGCUCAAGCAAUUCAGAAACAAAGGGAAUAAGGAAAUAAUAUGUGACAGAUUCAAAAAUCAAUAAACCGGUUGUGAUUAGUGUGCAUUUGAUCCAUCAUCAAUAUUGCUCCUUUUGAUCCUUCUGGAUUGAUUUGGUUUCUGAUGUGGUAUGUGUUUUUGAAAGAGAAGAGGGUAAAACCCUCCAGUGAAAGGGGGGGUUGCCUCCAGGUGUAGAGGUCUUCUUGGAUAAAGAAGACAGAUUAAAAAUCCAAUUUAAAUUUUCUGAGCUUAAGAAAUCACAAAUAAAAGUGGCAGUAAUGAGAUAGGAGGAGAAAAAAAAAAAAGAACAUAUUAAAACAUAGGUGUCAGUGUCAGUGUGUUUGUGCUGGGGGACAUGAUCAAGUUUCCCUCAUCUUCCUAUAUACUGAAAGCACUGCCUACUCAAAAAUUGGCUGGAUCAAAUGAACUUGGAAGUUUUUUAGUGUACCAAGCAACACUUCAGCUCAUUUUUGUGUGCAAUCUCUGUGCAGCACCAUGUUUUUCCCAUUUCUUCAGUGCAAUGUUCGGCCAGCCUCCAUGCUGACUCUUGAAGAAACAGUCCACUACUGCAUGUAGUAAAUGAAGCAGUAUAUUACCUAGGAGAAAAUUCAUUUGGACUGCUUAUUUUUGCUGGGUCACAGUCCAGAGUAGCCAGCAAGGCAUUUGCCAAGGGCAGGACACAAUGUGCUUUGCCUGUUAUGUUAAUGCUUUCAUGGUCCCAUACGGAAAGUAUUUUUCUUCCAUUACAUUGCAGUAGUUCUACCUUGCCAUUGCCCUUGCAGAGAAAUAAAGCCUUUUCCACCGAUAAUAGAGAUCCAGUACAAUCUAUAUGCAUUAACUGAUUUCAACUGAGAGGAUCCUGGAUAUUGGAUUGAUCCCUGCUAGUCCAUCUACACAGCCCCCACCGCCGACCAGAAGCUUGAGGGAAUUCUUGUUCUGCUGAGUUUCCAGAAAUGUAUCCCUGAAGAGGAAAGUCAUACAGGAGACCCAGGCUUCAAUGUCAUCCAUGAAGAGAAGAUUGGGUGGUGUCCUAGGUUGACUAUAUGAUGCUUUUAUCCCCAAUCGUCUUGUUCUGUUCAUGCUGAAUAAUAAGUUUUGCACCUUUAAGACUUGUUCUGAGAGUGAAAGGAGGAGAGAAGAAGCGCGCAGUUUGUUUUCAGACAUUGCACUCACUCCUACACAUUCCUGCUCCUGGACUGUGUUGUCUGAGAUGGACAGACAGCGGGACAGAGCUCUCCUUUGCUUUUAGUUAGUUUAGCUAGCUGAGGCAAAGAAGUUCCCUGGACUGUGGGGGUAUUUUUUCCUUUUCUUUGGACCUGUUUAAGCUUGCUCUGGACUGACCACCCAGCAGAGCAUCGGCAGCUCGCACUUGUGACCCACCGGGUCGGGCCUGGGCUGCAGCAUUUCCAGCUCCAGAGGGACUGAUCAGAGACUGAGUGAGCUGAGCUGCAACCCAUGAGAAGGACUUUCUGAGUUUGUCAUCUCUUUUGGAGCAGCAAGAGGUUUUAUUGUUUAAUGCUGUUUAGGUUUUAUUGUUUAAUAAACAGUGUUUUUGCACUUUUCUCCACGGAGGUAUUUUCUCCUGAACGGGUUGGGGGAGGGGCCAAUUGAAUCUGCUUUCCUAGAGGAGCCCUCUGGGGGUUCUCUCCCAAAUUUGCCCUGAACCAGGACAAAUACAUUUAGUGGCGCCCAGCGUGUGGCUCGAGAAAGUGGAAAAAACCUUUAUUGAUUGCAUGUUGGUUGUGCUUGCUCAGUGGGUUAAAGCAGUCAGUAGCCAUGUCGCUCGAAUUCGUAAUGUCUCUUGGGGAGGAGGCCUUCAUGUGGUUCUGGUCUCUAGACAUUUUUUGUGGUUUCAAUACCUUUCUGGUCACUAGGAUCAUUGUCCCUAACAUGUGAUUUUUACAGUAGGGGGCACAGAUUGGAAUAGCUAUUGUGCUGAGCUUGGUGAUAAUGAUUUAUAAAGUGUUUACAAAGAUACAGAGUCUGUUUACGAUAUGUAUGUUUCAUGGUUUCUUCCUCCUACCCUGCAUCCCAGUUCCAGUAGUAUGUUUGGCGAAUUUAUUAGCAAUUGCACCCAGUUAGUUAGAGAAGGAGCAGGGAAUGAGGCUUUCCAGCCUUUCCUUUCCUUCUUCUCCUCUGAAUCUGUUAUGUCACUUUUUGAGAAUGUUCAGUUUCCCCUGAAUGUCAAAGAGACCAUCCUUCUGGUAUUCAAUCCGGUAAGCUUCCUCUAUAUGGUCUGCAGCUUCUCUAGAAUGAGGGCUGAGAUGUCCAGAGGAGCUGAUGAGACCCCUGACCCAGAAGUAGACCCAGGUGUGGAAAAUCCUGAGUGGUGUGGAGAAUGGGAAAAUAUGGGCCAAACCCUGAAGGAAUUUUCUGAUCCUGUAGACUGGGAUUUUCCAUGUGAACAAAUUCAGAACCCAGCUGAGGUGGGGAAAUACCUGAAAGAGAAGUGCCAUGGUGACUCUAAGGAAAAAAGUCUCAUUGCAAUAAGCUGGGCCUUGGCAUAUGCUUAUAGCACCCUGCUAAAUACUGUAGAGCAGCAGACAGAGGCAGGCAGGCAGGGAGAUAAAGCAGCAGCUACCCCAGUCACUCAGGCUGCAGCCAACACCCCAGCUACUCAGGCUGGAGCUGAAGCAGACAGUAAGCCUAAGCCACUGGCAGUUGUUGCAGGAAAGAAGUACACGAGCAAAACCAAUCGGCCAGUGACUGACGAUGAUGAUCCAGGGGAAGGACCCUCAACACCAGUUACUGAUACAAAAGCCAAAGUUAAAGCAACUGACACAGCAUCAGAAGCCACUAUUGAGUCCUUUUCCCUGAAGGACCUUCGUGGCCUAAGGAAGGAUUACACCCAGCGACCUGAUGAAUCCAUAAUUAGUUGGUUAGUCCGUCUCUGGGAUGCUGCAGGCGAGGCUACAGUUCUGAAUGGCACUGAAGCCAGGCAUUUGGGAUCCCUGUCACAUGAUCCUGUCAUCGACCAAGGAAUGAUGAGGGGGGCUAAUCCUCACAGCCUCUGGGCACGGGUUCUGGGAAGUGCAGCACAAAGAUACCUGUGUGCAGAUGAUCUCUAUAUGUAGCAAACUCAGUGGAAAGACAUCGCUACCAGGGUAGGGAGGCUACCUGUGAAGGUCUGCCAUGUAGAUGCCCAUAUCCCCAGGAGUAGAGCCAACGAAGAGCACCAAAACAAUGAGCAGGUCGACCAGGCUGCAAAGAUAGAGGUGUCAAAGAUAGACCUAGAUUGGGAACACAAGGGAGAGUUAUUCCUAGCUCGAUGGGCCCAUGAUGCCUCUGGCCAUCAGGGCAGGGAUGCCACCUAUAAGUGGGCACGAGACCAAGGGGUGGAUCUAACCAUGGACAGUAUUUCUCAGGUUAUCCAUGACUGUGAAACGUGUGCUGCCAUCAAGCAAGCCAAGCGAGUGAAGCCCCUGUGGUAUGGUGGGCGGUGGUCCAAGUACAGGUAUGGGGAGGCCUGGCAGAUCGACUACAUCACACUGCCCCAAACACGCCAAGGCAAGCGCUAUGUUCUCACCAUGGCGGAAGCCACCACAGGAUGGUUGGAAACCUACUCUGUACCUUAUGCUACUGCCCGUAUCACCAUCCUGGGCCUGGAAAAGCAGGUCCUUUGGAAGCAUGGUACCCCUGAGAGGAUUGAGUCAGACAAUGACAUGCAUUUCAAGAACAGCCUUAUCAACACCUGGGCUAGGGAACAUGGCAUUGAGUGGGUGUACCAUAUCCCUUACCAUGCACCAGCUGCAGGCAAAGUGGAGAGGUACAAUGGACUGUUAAAAACCACCUUGAAAGCAUUAGGUGGAAGAUCUUUCAAAAACUGGGAGCAGCAUCUGGCAAAAGCCACCUGGCUAGUUAACACCCGAGGCUCUACUAACCGAGUGGGCCCUGCCCGGUCUGAGCCUUUGCAUAGAGUAAAUGGAGACAAAGUCCCAGUGGUACGUGUCAGAUGUUUGUUAGGGAAGACAGUUUGGAUCAAUUCUGCCUCGAGUACAGACAAACCCAUCCGUGGGGUUGUCUUUGCUCAGGGACCAGGUUGCACAUGGUGGAUAAUGCAAAAAGAUGGAAGAACACGAUAUGUACCUCAGGGAGAUCUGAUUGUUGGGUGAGAACUAUGUGUAAAUAUCACUAUUUGCUGAAUGUUACUACCACUGUCUGUGUAUAGCUGUAUAUUGGGUGUAUAACGUACGUGUUUGUAGAGUUAGAAUAUAUAUUAAUUUUAAUAGUAAACUGAUGACAUGGGGAUGAGGGGUAGAAUGUCCUAGGUUGACUAUAUGAUGCUUUUAUCCCCAAUCGUCUUGUUCUGUUCAUGCUGAAUAAUAAGUUUUGCACCUUUACGACUUGUUCUGAGUGAAAGGAGGAGAGAAGAAGCGUGCAGUUUGUUUUCAGACACCACACUCACUCCUACACAUUCCUGCUCCUGGACUGUGUUGUCUGAGAUGGACAGACAGCGGGACAGAGCUCUUCUUUUGUUUUAGUUAGUUUUAGCUGAGGCAAAGAAGUUCCCUGGACUGUGGGGCUUUUUUCCCUUUUCUUUGGACCUGUUUAAGCUUGCUCUGGACUGAACACCCAGCAGAGCAUCGGCAGCUCACACCUGUGGCCAUUGGGCUGGGCCUGGGCUGCAGCAUUUCCAGCUCCAGAGGGACUGAUCAGAGACUGAGUGAGCUGAGCUGCAACCCAUGAGAAGGACUUUCUGAGUUUGUCAUCUCUUUUGGAGCAGCAAGAGGUUUUAUUGUUUAAUGUUGUUUAGGUUUUAUUGUUUAAUAAACAGGUUUUUUCCACUUUUCU